AUGGCGGCGCUGCGACCCGUCUCCAGCCGCUGCGGCCCGCGCGAGGAGCCCGACGGCUCUGCGGACUCGACGGGCACCUCCCGGACGCCGGUGCUCACCGUGUCGUCUGUGUCGAGCGAGCCGACUGGGUCGCCGGGGCAGGUCACCGAGCCACCGGGGGGCAAAAGCCUGUGGGAACAGAUCUGUGAGGAGUACGAGGCGGAGCUGCCUCCCUUCCCAGAGGGAUACAAAGUGAAAGCCGCAGCUCCGGUGACUCUAAGUGUGGCUCUGCCCACGGAGGAGGCGGUGGUCCACGGCUUCCAUGCAGAGCACUACCUCCCAGCUCCACCUGCCGCCGUGACUUCACAUAUACCCUGCCCUCCAUAUAAGCUGGGAGUUGUCGAUCCAAAAACAUGUUCCCCCAAAGAAUAUUUAGAAACAUUCAUCUUUCCAGUUCUGCUUCCUGGAAUGGCCAGCCUACUUCACCAGGCAAAGAAAGAAAAAUGCUUCGAGAGGAAGAGAACCCGGUUCAUCGCCUGUGAUUUCCUCACGGAGUGGUUAUACAAUCAUCAUCCAAAGAGGACAGGGGAGCCAUUCACAGAGUUCUUCUCCAUCCCGUUUGUGGAAGAGUGGCUCAAGCAACACCCACGGCCACCAAUCCUCCUCUCCCUUCUGCUGACAGAAGAGCAAGCAGCAAUCGCCAUCCAGUCCUUCUGGAGAGCCUACCUGGUACGCUGCGAUCCAGAGAUUCAAGAACUGCGUCAGUGGCAGAAAAAACUGCGCGAGGAAAAGCACGUCCGCCAGCGUGUCCGCACGUUCUGGGCCAAGCAAGAGCAGAAAGGUCAGUGCGCAGGCGCUGUGAGAUGCAAAAUGGAGGAGGAGGAAGAAGCAGAACCUGCAACCAUGAAGCCACAACCUUAG